CCGAACACCAGCCUUGAUUCGUUUAAAAUCAGCGUUGCAGACUACUUGGCUAUGGCUCUUACUCCUGAACAACAGGCCAAGAUUGAUGAGAAUAGGCGGAAAGCCUUGGAAAGGCUUAAACAGAGAGGUCAUAUACGAGGAGAUAACAACAGGGUCGUGAAGCCUGCUAUUCCAGGUAAUGAGCGUACCAAUCUCGGGGCUGUGGUGUUGACAGAGGCGCAGAGAAGAACAAUUGAAGAGAAUAGACGGAAGGCACUUGCUAAGCUGAAGGCCAAGCAGGACAACUUCAGAAACGCCUCUGGCAGCGAAAACAGGUCGUUGGACGAUUCGAAAAGGAAGCUGUAUAAGCCUUCUGUCGUCACGUCUCAGUACAUUGAGUACGACUUGUCCAAGGUUAAAGACACUAAGGGAGGCUACAUCGACGAGACUGGCAACGGGGAAGGACCCGAAGGUGCUGGCAUCGGCAAGAGCCUUGACCAGUGGAAGGACGAGCAAAGGGUCAUACGGGACCUGCCACCUCCAACUGAUAUGGCUAACGCCACCAAAUGCUUCGAAUGUGGAACCUUUGAGAUUGAUCAGCAGCUUUGGGAGGUGUUCAAGUGCCGUGUCUGUAAGAGAUGUGCAAAGGCCAACCCUGACAAGUACUCACUGUUGACAAAGACCGAGUGCCGUGAGGACUACUUCCUCACUGAUCCUGAGCUCGAGGACCAGUCAUUGCUACACCGUCUCUUCAAGCCAAACCCCCAUUCCAAGUUCAACAGGAUGCAGCUGUUCCUGAGGUAUCAGGUCGAAGAAUUCGCCUUCCAGAAAUGGGGAGGGCCCGAAGGGCUCGACGCAGAGUGGCAGAGACGCGAGGAGUUCAAGGUCAAGCGAAGAGAGAAGAAGUACGAGCUCAAGAUGAAGGAGAUGAGGAAGAAGACCAGGGCAGAGGAGUACAACAGGCGUCUCCGGGAGGGCAAGUUCGACUCCAAGCACGUGCACGUGUGGUCGCAGGGCUUCGACGGGGGCACCGACGACGACGGCCUGCCACUGCUCCGUCGUCGGUGUGUUGAUUGCGGCUUUGAAGUAUCAGAGGUUAACAUAUGAGAGCUCGUGGGAUUAGCAUUGCCGCAUUAGGCAGUCUACCCAAAUAGGAAGUUUGUUUACGUUUUUCCCUGCCUGCCCGCUUAUCAACACUCCCUCCAAAUCACCGUGGAAAUUCAGCCAUUU